UAAGAACUGUCAGUGUCAAUCUGUCAAUAUUGAUCAAAAUAAAUGUUAGCGAAAACUUUAUAAGAUAUUGAAUUAAAACUAUCCAACUAUGGUGAUAUACGGGGUGUAUAUUGUGAGCAAGUCUGGUGGGCUUAUAUACAACUAUGACCACAACAUUCCACGGGUCGAAACGGAGAAGACAUUUGGUUUUCCACUGGACAUCAAGCUGCAAUAUGAAAACAAGAAAGUUGUCGUCGCAUUUGGGCAGAGAGACGGUAUAAACGUGGGGCAUGUGUUACUCUCAGUAAAUGGUUCUCCAGUCAAUGGCAGGACUACAGAGGACAACAGAGAUGUUUUUGAUGUCAUAGAAGCUAAGGAGAACUACCCUCUCAGUCUGAAAUUCGGCCGCGCGCGCGCUACUACCAAUGAGAAGAUUGUGUUAGCCAGUAUGUUCUACCCACUUUUUGCCCUGGCAAGUCAACUUAGCCCAGUGCCAAAGUCUUCUGGCAUUGAAUCACUCACAGCCGACACCUUCAAGUUAUCUUGUUUUCAAACACUAACAGGUGUAAAAUUUAUCAUAGUGACGGAUCCAAACAUGCAAGGUACUGAGGUGGUACUCAAGCGCAUAUACGAGCUGUACUCAGAUUACGCUCUCAAGAACCCGUUCUACUCGCUGGAGAUGCCGAUCAGAUGCGAACUGUUCGACACGUCGCUACACACGCUGCUCGAGCUCGUCGAGAAAUCCGGCACCACUAACUUAUAGCUGUAAAUAAAUUUAAUUUAAUUAUAGAGAAGGCAGCAGUGCAAGGAUGGCCUAAGAAUUUGUACCUUUACUCAAGUGUUCUUAUGCACCCAUAAUACUGUGUUGCAAAAAAAACAAUUAUUAAAUAUUUAAUAAACAGAUUUCACCUUCAUCCAAAGUGGUUGUUUCGUUUAGUUUCAUUCAAGCUUGCACAUAGGCCAUUCUUGCUCUUGUGGCGUCAAAUAUACGACUGUUAUUUUGUAUGCUUCAAUGAGAUGUAUAUUAAAAAUAAAAUUUUAAAAUACUA